GAGUUUUAGUUGCAAAGAAAGCGUUGACGUGUGUGUAUCGUAGAAAUUGGUUACAACGCGCGCGCGUUCGUUACUUAAGUCUUUUGUUUUCACUUUAAAUUUACGAGUCCAAGUGCGUAAAAUCUUGUUAACAGCUAAAAGCUGAUGUGAUUGUGUGUCACUAAAGUGAGAAACAUAAAUAAUACAAAAAUCUAAAGUAACUUUUUUUGAAUUAAAAUUAAAACCGUUAAGAAAUUUAUAUUUAUUUCAAAGUGUUUGUUUGUGUGUGUGUGUGUGUCUUCAUACAAAUGGUGUUAAACAGAAAUCUACAUAAAAACAAAAGGAAUUAAAAUUGUAUACUAACGAAAUUCAUAAUAAUAAUUCAGAUGUUUUAAAGUAUUUAAUAUAAAUAAAAAAACAAAAUUAUAAACUAACGAAAUAUAACAUAAAAAUUAAAUUUAUAACAUAAACAAACAGCAGCAGCAGUGUAUAAAUAAUUAAUUAUAUAUAUCACACACUUAGAUACCACUGAAAACCCUAAAAAGUGAAAGUGAAACUUUUAAAAGUGGCGGCAGCGGUGUUGACGGUGGUCUUAAGAAUUUUUGGAAUGACCACAUUAUGGAGCGUUUUAUAAAAGCGAAUCUGUUUAUUAUUUGCUGCGUAGCUGCUGGUUUACUUUUGAUUGUCUAUUUGGGUGCAUUUUCAUGUGAAGUAUCAUGGAUUCUAGAAGCAAAAGGUGAUUUACCCUAUUCAGCCUACAUAUUAUGUACACAAUACUUUGUGGUAUUUGUAGCCACAACAAUACUAAUACAUGGCCUAGUAACGGGCCUAUCAUGGGGGCUAUUUGCCUGGUCAGUAGUUAUAGGUAUACUAUCAAUACCUGAAUUAAUAUUUGUCAUGAUUAUGACCACACAACAUUGGGGCCUACAAUCCGUUCAUGGUUUAACCGAAUUAAUAGCGUAUUUAGUGCGUUUGGUUAUAAAUUGUUUUGCUUUAAUUUGCGUGAUACCAACUGGCCUAAGAUGGCGUCGUGAAUCUCAAGUUCUUACACAACUACAAGAUUUAGCCACACGGUUGCAGCUGCAAACACCUCCGCCCAGUGUACCCAUAACUAAAGCCGAUUCUCGACGUUCCAGUAAACGUUUACAAAAUCAACAAACAGCAUUUGAAAAUGCAGGUUUUCAAAUAACCGAAGCAGCUGGUAAGGCCAGUAUUAAUGGAUCACAGCCUCAGGGUUUAAAUGCAUUUGGAUCACAAAACGAAUUCAAUGCCAGUAUGUUUGCGUUGCCGUUUUUGCAACAAUAUGCGGCGCAAGGUAAUAAUGGCAAUAGAACGGGCAACAAUCGUGCUCAAUCUCUUAUGGAUCUGAGAUGUACUUUGCCCGGUCUUUACAAUCCACGUUAUGUAUUGGAAAAUAGUGAUGAAAAGAAUGGCAAAUAUUUCAAUAUAACCAUCGAUGAUUUAAAACAAAAUCUGCAGGAUACUCAAAAACAACAGCCACCCUCUCUUAUAGGUUCUAGCUCAAAUGAUCCCAUUUAUUGUUCCAUUGAACCGAAACAACCUUCCCCACCACAACAGCGUGGCCAACAGCCACCGCAACGAGAACCCAUGGCACUGCCACCUCAUGUACAGGCGGGCAAACAGGGACCUCCUACAAAAUUGGCUCGCAAUUGUAUAUCGUUGGAAAAUCUUGAUGGCAUUAAUAAAGUACAAAAUGAUUUGGCAGCCUAUGGUAAUAAUCUUUUGCAGAACUAUAAUCAGCAGCAGCAAUACUAUCUAGCAAUGUUGGGUUAUAUACAACAACAUCAGCAGCAAAGACCUCCACAACAGUUGCCGUACAAUAGUAAUUUGAAUCUCUACCGUAGACCGGGCAGUCAGACAAGUCUAACACCUGGUGCUCCUUUAGCACCACAAUUUCAAAGGCGCAACUCACAACAAUUACAAUAUUAUGGUGGUUUUGGUUAUGCCAACUACACUAAUCCCUAUAUAACGGCCAAUAGUAAGUUAUCUUUAGGUAAUGAAUCCGAUGAUUAUCGUAAAUAUCGUGAUGUGGCCUUAUGAUUUAAAUAAAAAGUAAUUUUUUUAAGGAAACCCUUUUCCUUAUUUUAUCGAACAAAAGAAUAUUAUAAUUUUAAGGUGCUACCUACCCCCAUAAAUAAGAGAGUGUAAUAUCAAGUCAUUAUUAUAUUUUAUACAAUUAUAUGCAUAUUUUUUAUAUUUUUGUUUAUAUAUUUAAAAACGUUUUUAUUGAUACUCGUAAUUUUGUGUUAAAAUUUGUUUAUUAAUUAAUUUUCUAAAAUAGCUUUUUCAUUAACAAAAAAAAAAAAACAUUUAAAAUAUUUAAUGAAUAAAUGAAAGAAUAAAUAAUACUAUGCAAAAUAUUUUAAACGUUAGCCAAAGAUCAAAAACUAACUCAAGUUAAACAACCAACUAUAGUUUUAUAACAAUUGAUUUAAAAAAAAAACAAAAAAGAAAGAGAAAUGAAAAUAAACGUCCAUAAAUUGAAAAUGUUAUUUAGAUGAAAUUGUAAAUUUAUUAUUAACUAUUUUAAUGUAUCUUUUUUAUUAAUAAUUUGUAUUUUUUUUAAUUCAUUACAACGAUUAUUUUAUUUAAAUUAAAUUUAAGUUUAUCUAAAGAAAACUGUCUAUGUAAAUAUACUCGUAAUAAUUAUUUUAAAAUAAACUUAAUUCGUUAUACGAAUUUCAAUGCA